UUUAAAUAAAUUUAGAACCUUUCAAAUCCCUAAUUGCCUCCAAUUUGAACAGUUCAUCUUCAACCAAUCACCAAAGUCCGCAGCUUUAUUCAUCGCGACAAUGGAAGGCUUCGGCGUCCUGAUGACCUGCCCGAUGUUCCCCUACCUCGAGCAGCAGCUCGACCGCCGAUUCAAUCUCUUCCGCCUCUGGGACUUCCCCUCCAAAUCGGAAUUCCUCCGGCGACACUCCGACUCGAUCCGGGCAGUCGUCGGUAACACCAAGGCCGGCGCCGACGCCGAGCUGAUCGAGGCCCUGCCGCGGCUUGACAUCGUCUCCAGCUACAGCGUCGGACUGGAUCGGAUCGAUCUGGGGAGAUGCGAGGAGAAGGGGAUUAGGGUCACGAAUACCCCCGACGUGCUGACGGAGGACGUGGCGGACGCCGCCAUUGGGCUGAUAUUGGCCGUCCUGAGGCGGGUUUGUGCGGCGGAUGGGUUCGUGAGGAGCUGGAGGUGGAAAACCGGAGAUUUUGAGCUGAGCUCGAAGGUUUCUGGCAAGCCGGUCGGUAUCAUUGGGUUGGGCAGGAUCGGGUCGGCGAUUGCAAAGAGGGCCGAGGCAUUCGGCUGCCCAAUCGCCUACUAUUCCCAGUCAGUGAAGCCGCACACGAGCUACAAAUACUACUCAAGUGUAAUCGACUUAGCCCGGGAUUCUCGGAUCCUCGUGGUCUCCUGCUCCCUCACUGAAGAGACCCAACACAUCAUCAAUCGCGAGGUGAUUGAUGCGCUGGGCCCAGAGGGUGUACUGAUAAAUAUUGGACGGGGAGCUCAUGUGGACGAGCCCGAGCUCGUGUCUGCCCUGCUUGAGGGUCGGAUUGGUGGGGCAGGGCUCGAUGUGUUUGAGAACGAGCCCGAGGUGCCGGAGGAAUUGAUCGGGAUGAAGAAUGUGGUUCUUCUUCCCCACGCGGCAAGUGACACUGAGGAAACAUGCAAAGCAAUGGCAGAUCUUGUGAUAGGGAAUCUGGAGGCUCAUUUUCUGAAGAAGCCAUUGUUGACUCCAGUAAUUUGAUUCUUUGCUUGUUUUGUAGCUUUUGAUCUUUGAAUCCCGAUAUUGGAGCCGAAACCGAUCCUGAGGCAGGUUUGUAGCCUUAGGACUAGAAAUGCAACGUCUCAUGAAUAUCCGGACUUAUGUCCCGUGAAUAACCUAUUCCUGAA